UCAUUGCUUUCCAAGCCAAGAAUCUCUCUCUCUGCCACUUCCUCAUAGAUUCCUCUCCCUCUUUUUCAGCCACUAUUAACGAUCUCUAAUCAACCUUCUUUUCCAACUCUUCUCCCCUUUCUCCUAUCUUUCUCCUUUUCAUCUUUUCUUUUGCCUCUUCUUCUUCUUCUUCCUCUUCUUCUCAUCCAACCACAAAAAUCUAUACAUACCCAUGCCUCCUUCCUCAGAUAUCAACCAUCUUUCUCACCCUUGUAUAUACGGAGACUUUGUUUCUUCGUACUCAGAGAGAAAGUCUGGUUUUAUGAAAUGGUUUGGCAAGAUUUUCAAACUUGGGUCCAAUAGAGGAAGGGCUGGUGGUCGUCAUCUACAGCAACCUGAAGAGGAAAACAUGGCUUGGCCAGCUCCAUCUAGAUCAUGGGAUGACCGCGCUAGAUCUCGGAAAGAGAAAGAAGAUUUGGACCAUGCAAUUGCACUUUCUUUAGGCGAAAAUUUUAAGAGACCAACCGGGUAUAGGUGGCGAACAGGAGCAAGAAUCGAUGAAGAUUAUGCAAAGGCUCUUCAGGAUCGCAUGUUCUCUUCUGCUCAUCCACCAUAUGCCCCUGUACCCGCUUAUCCCCAUGGAUAUGGUAUCGCAUCGCAUAGCAGAAUAUGUGGAGGGUGCAACCAAGAGAUUUAUGGCGAUUGUUUAGGAGUCGGUCACAGCUAUUUUCAUCCAGACUGCUUUCGGUGUCACUCUUGUCGUUACCCCAUUACUGAGCGUGAGUUUUCUUUGUCAGGGAAGUAUCCGUAUCACAAGUCCUGUUUCAAGGAAUUGACCCACCCUAGAUGCGAAGUUUGCUAUCAAUUUAUACCAAUAAAUGCUGCUGGUUUGAUUGAGUAUAGGUGCCACCCCUAUUGGAACCAAAAGUAUUGCCCAUCUCAUGAGUAUGAUAAUACAGCUCGGUGCUGUAGUUGUGAAAGACUAGAGUCUCGGAAUGAAAGAUACUGCAGAUUAGAAGAUGGAAGGAUUUUGUGCUUUGAGUGCAUGGAAUCUGCUAUAAGCGACACUGGUGAAUGUCAGCCUCUUUAUCAUGCAAUCAGAGACUAUUACGAAGGAAUGAACAUGAAAAUAGAUCAACAAAUCCCAAUGCUUCUUGUUGAGAGACAAGCACUUAAUGAUGCCAUUGUUGGAGAGAAGAAUGGUUUCCAUCACCUGCCAGAAACUAGGGGCUUGUGCCUUUCAGAAGAGCAAACUGUCACAAGCGUGCAAAGACGGCCAAGAAUCGGAGGUCAUAGAUUGAUAGGGAUGAGAUCUCAACCUCAAAAGCUGCUUAGAAAAUGUGAAGUUACAGCUAUUCUUGUUCUCUAUGGCCUUCCAAGGUUACUCACAGGUGCUAUACUUGCCCAUGAGUUGAUGCAUGCUUGGUUACGCCUUAAAGGUUACCAUAACCUUAGUCCUGAAGUAGAGGAAGGUAUUUGUCAGGUCCUCUCCUACAUGUGGCUUGAGGCAGAGGUGAUGUCAUGUGCUAGAACCAUGCCAUCAACAUCAUCAGCUUCUUCCUCCUCCUCCUUCUCCUCCCACUCAUCAAAGAAAGGUGCAAAAUCUCACGUUGAACAUAAAUUGGGUGAGUUUUUCAUGAACCAGAUUGCCAAUGAUUCUUCCCCAGCUUAUGGUGGUGGCUUUAGAGCGGCCAAUGAGGCUGUGAAUAAAUAUGGUUUACGUUGCACUCUGGAGCAUAUUCGUUUGACUGGUAAUUUCCCAGUGUGAUAAGAACCCGUUCUCGUAGGAGUUUGGAACUAGAGUUUGAUGUUGUAAUAUUGGUUCACAUAUGAGAGACAAGGUUGGACAUCAUUCUUCCUGUUAUUUCAUACCCCAGGGGGAAUGUCGUGUCUCUGUGUAAGGAUAUAUCCAUGUCCAAGCCCAAUAAUAUUAUGCAUGCCUUGUUUUAAUUUAUUUCGUAUUAUUUGGGAGGA